AACAAAUAGCCCUAGCUAGAAAUUCUUCUCCAAUUCCCUUUGUUUCUCUGAAACCCUAACAACACUUUUUCUUCUCUCCCGAUCAAAAAUUAACUCAUCAAUGGAGAUUCUCUCUUAAAACCUGAAUAUAUCUUCAUAAUUGCUCAUUCUCCUCUCUUCCUGUCCUGUAUUUCUCAACAUAUCCAGCGAAAAGUUGCAGAUUUGUCCGUUCCUGGCGUGUUUCUGCAUAUAUUGAUUGGCUUUAGCUGAAGUUUUCCCAGUCUGCUUUACCUCAUCAUGGCUUCACUGGAUAUGACCCUGGAUGAUAUGAUAAAAAGUAGGAGAAAUACCGAGAGGGGUGGCAGGGGUCAAGGCAGGGCCCGGCGUGGAAGAGGGGCAGGGGGAUCAUUUAGAGGUGGAUUAUUUAGAGGUGGAAGGACAACGGGAGCUCCUCGUAGAGGGCCACUCGGCGUUAAUGCUCGGCCAUCAGCCUACACCAUUGCCAAGACUUUCCGCAGAACCAAGAAUUUGCCAUGGCAGAAUGGUUUGUUUGAAGAUAGCCUUAGAGCUGCAGGACUGUCAUCAGUAUUGGAGAGUGGCACAAAGUUAUAUGUUUCUAAUUUAGACAUUGGAGUGACUAAUGAAGAUAUAAGGGAACUCUUUUCGGAGAUGGGAGAACUAGUACGAUUUGCAAUCCACUAUGACAAAAAUGGACGUCCAAGUGGCGCUGCUGAGGUGGUCUUUGCCAGAAGAAGUGAUGCAUUCCAAGCUCUUAAGAGAUAUAACAAUGUGCAGUUGGAUGGGAAGCCUAUGAAGAUUGAAAUAGUUGGUUCCAACCCAGAAAUUCCUUUGUCAGCUCGUGUAAAUGUAGUUGGAGGAACCAACCGGAGGAGGACUGUUGUUAUGGCGCCGGGUGGUCCAGCUCGUGGAAGAGGAGGUGCUACUAGUCGUGGUUCUAGUCAAAGGGGCCGUGGUGGUUUUAGAAAUGCACCUGGACGUGGUCGAGGUGGCGGUGGCGGUCGUGGUUGGGGUAGAGGUCGUGGACGUGGUGGUAGGGGAAGUAACAGGGGUGCUGAUAAGUCAGCUGAGGAUCUUGACAAGGAGCUGGACAGCUACCACGCCAACGCUGACGCCAUGCAAACUUAGAUGUGUCACUGCUAUAACUUGCGACUUAACUAGAAGAACCGAAGAACCGAUCAAGUCUACUAUCUCUGUGUAUCCCGUCACCAAACUUAUGCUUUCCAGUUGUAGCUUCUUACGUUUAUGAUUGUACGAUAAAGGGAUUGUUUGAUGAAUGCUUUCUAAUCGUAAAUAGAGUGGUUUAUUUGUCUUCCC